UUUGACGAUCAAUGCCAGGAAUUCAUCGCGCAAAUAAGUGCUCUCGUAAAUUUGCUUGAGAAUUUCGGGAUGAAUAUUCCAAGUUUUUCGUUGUGAAAUGACCAACGAAUGAUUCCCGAGUCCGUCAUGAAUGGAAAUUACAGAGCUACGUCCAAGGACCCGACUCCAUCGUGGUGCAACUUGACUGAAUAUGUCCCAGGAUACACGGGACACUGUCCGGGGCUUCGUCAAGUCUUCGGUGUCACGUACGGGGAAGCAACCAGGAAGUUGAUACGGCAAAGGCGGUCUCAGUCGGCGCCAGGGAACCGUUUGCGUCGGUCGCGGGAGUCCUCCGGAAUCCCGACGUCGGCCACCACGUGUUUCAACGUGACGACGUCGUCGCCGCCGCCACCGCCGCCACCGUGGUUCCCGACGAACCUGGUUCUCCUCAAUGCCCAGUCCGACUCGGAUGAUCAGCGCAGUACGUCGUCGAAAAGCGACGGCGGGUCGACGCCAACUGGCGUCCCGAUGACGUCCCGAAGUGUCGUCAAGGAAGCAAUUAUCGGGUACACGGGUCAGUAA